AUGUGGGAGUGGAAAACACAAGGACCUAUUUUAAAGAAGGGAUGGCACACAUCUUCUGAGGGCAUUGGAAGAUUUCUUCUCAACACGUUUUCAGAAAACAUUUAUAUUAACAAGACCCUCAUGAAUAAACUUGAUUUCUCAGACAUGGAUGCAGACUCUCCUCCAGCUCCUCAAAAGAAGACCAUGAGUCAUGAAAGUUGUCACAGAUUCUCCAAGUUGCUCCUCAUCUCAUUCAUAAUACUUUUACUGCUAUUGAAAAUCUUAUUCUCAGUUGCUCUGAUCACUUUGUUUAAACAACAUACUCAGCUUCCUGAUGAAAAAGCAAUUACGAAAGAACUGAAUUACACUGACUUGGAGUGUACAAAACAGCAUUCACCCUCGAAAGACAAAGUCUGGAGCUGUUGCCCAAAGGACUGGAAGCCAUUUAGUUCCCACUGCUACUUCACUUCGAAUGACUCAGCAUCUUGGAGAGAGAGUGAGGAGAAGUGCUCCAGCAUGGGUGCUCAUCUGAUGGUGAUCCACAGCCAGGAAGAGCAGGAUUUCAUCACCAAUAUCCUGGAUCCUAAUGCUGUUUAUUAUAUUGGGCUUUCUGAUCCAGGUCAUCGACAGUGGCAAUGGGUUGAUCAGACACCAUACAAUGAAAAUUCUACGUUCUGGCACCCAGGGCAACCCAAUAAUAAGAACGACAACGAAGAAUGUGUCGUAGUUUAUCAUCCGUCUUCUAGUUGGGGCUGGAAUGACAUCCCUUGCAGUUGUAUGCGGAAGUCAGUUUGUCAGAUGAAGAAAAUAUAUUUAUGA